AUGGCAGCAGCUGCCCCACAGGAUGCUUCUGCACCCGCACGCGACGAGGGUGCUGCUCGUCUCUUCGGCCCGGAGGUGUGCGGCAAGCAAGUCAGGGUGCACUGCGUGGAGUUUGAGGGCGUCGGCCUGCACUGGAGGAUGCAGCUGAUGCGCCUGCAGCACGAGCGGUUUCAGCUCCUGGGGGAAGAUGGGCUGGUGCAGGCUGAGUAUCGUGAUGGGCUGCUGGUGCAGCAGGAGGGGCGGCAGGCAGCCGGCCUGCAGCCAGCGCAACAGGGCGGUAGCGUCACCAUCAUUGACGUUCUGGAGGUUGCUGGGGCAGAUUUGGCGGCGCAUAACAAUGAUGGACGCACACCCCGCGAUGUGGCACUGAAGUACAGAUUGGAGGAGGCAGCACAACGCCUUCUUGAUCUGGAGCAGCAGCUCCCUGCCGCCGUGCAGCCAGCCGCGCUGCCACCACCUAUGGCACUGGCUCAUGCCGCAAUAGCUGAAUCUGAGGCUGCAGCAGCGGCCCCGCCAGCUGUGCCCGCAGCCGCAGUGCCGACCAAUGUUGCCCCGGCGGCGGUGCAGACUGAUGCUGCUAUUGAUUUUGGGCCGGAGCUUGCGGGCCGCCACAUCAGGGUGUGGUGGGGAGAGCGGCACGACUGGGUUGCAGGCACCGUCAAGCAGUGCAUCAUGCCAGACAGGGUGCAGAUUGUGAGGUUCCAGGGCGUGGGGCCUGAGUGGACCAUGCAGCGUGUGCUCUUGCAGCAUGUGAGGUUCCAACUGCUGAGGGAGGAUGGGCAGGUACAGGCUGAGUAUCAUGAUGGGGUACUGGUGCAGCGACAGGACCAGCAGGAGGGAGCAGGCCUGCAGCAAGAGCAACAGAUGGGACAGCGCUCCGGCAGUAGGGGCAGCGGCGAGCGCAACCAGCCUGGGGCUGUGUCUGGUUCUGGCAGACAGGGACAGCCGUUAAGCGGUGCCGAUGCUGCCGCUGCUGCCAGCGGGCUGAGGCGGCUUCACCAGGAACCGGCGACUGCCGCGGCAGCAGCAGCAGCCCACACCGCAUCCACUGCCAAGCGCGGGGCAAUGGCGGUGCCACCACCACAGCAGCAACAGGGCGCUGGCAAGCGGCAGCAGCACCAGGAGCAGCCUGCUGACAAGCGGCAGCGGCAGGGGACUAGCAAACAGGCUGCUGAGCGGGAGUAUGCGGCUCUGCAGUGGAAGGCAUUCGAUGCAGCUGAGCUCAACGAGCUGGCGGGCCGCUACCUCGCCCAAAGCGAGAAGAGGACAGAUCGUAACCUGCGCAGCGGCCGUGCCGUGCCGUGCGAGCGGGUCACAAACUUGCCACCACCAGUGCAGAGCUGGGGCCCGCGCAUGGGGAUGAGCGCAGAGGCGCUGAACGAGCUGCAAAUCCUGCUGAGCAGGCACCACGCAAGGGAUGCAGCGGCCUCCCGCCAUCUCCUGUCCCUCCUGCGCGUGCUGGAGUGCUGGCUGGCGCACCCCGACAGGCCGCAGCCCGAGGUGCUGGUGCGGCUGGGGCGGCCGCUGGGCUGGCGGCCCCCACUGCUGCCUUUAGUGUCGGGUGUGGAGAUUGUGUCGCAGGGCGCCGCUGGAUCCGACAAGCCGGAGCCCUCCUUCCUUGCAGGGUCUGCAGAUGGCGACAUUCUGGGCGUGCGCAUUGAGAAAGAAGGCGAUCAGAGGUGGAACGUGAAGCAGGAGGUGCAGCGCAGCGGCUGA